GUAUUUUUGCAGGUAGCGCUGAUUGUAAACUAAACUUAAAAUUCGUAAAACUAAAAUAAUUAUGUGUAUAGAUGUAUAAAAAGACGUGCACGUUAAAACUCCUGUGUGAUUUUUCCAAAUUAAUUAGUGGUUUUUCGCUUUCUAUGAGAAUGCUUGAAAAAAUAUAACCUAUAGCUUGUGGACGAAGAGAGGCGCAAUCUUUCUGGAGAAGCACCACCUUUACCUAUCAUUACCUAUCAAUUGUAUCUAUACGUUAUGCAGAUAAAAUGAGAAUGCAAGCAACGCUCCGAAAUAUAUUCGUAUAGUACCUGUAAAUUAUAAAUAUUUGAUCCGGUAUGCACGUAAGUUAAAACAGAUAAUAAAUCACUUUAAUUAUCAAGAGAAAAACAGCUACAAGUCCCCAGUGCCGAGGGUGGCACUCGGCACCGGGAAGCAGACGAUUAUAUUACGUACCGUACGUGUAGAGGACAAACAUAUUGCUUAUUGCUGAAUUGCUGAUGGAGAGGUUGUAUAUAUAAUAUUGUACAUGUAGACGACCGCGUGGUCGAGACUUUUAGGCUGUUGUUGUUCCUGUUGAUAUCACCCGCAUUCCUCCAAACUUUUCAGGACAAAUUGUUAACAUGGAGUUUGGAGCAGGAGUUGAUGGUAACAUUGCCCAAAUAUCAGCAGAGCUUGCCAGAUAUGUGGAAGCAAUGAUGUCUCCAAACAUCACACAACAACAGCGUUUGGAGGUUUAUAAUGAAUGCGAACGUUUUAAAGAAUCAUCUCCACUUUGUGCUCAGUGUGGCUUAUUUUUGGCACAAAAGACACCUAACAAAAGUUCCAUCGUCAGACAUUUUGGACUUCAACUAAUGGAGCACUGUGUCAAAUACCGCUGGACACAAAUAACGCAGUCUGAAAAAAUUUUCAUCAAAGAAAAUGCCAUGAAACUCCUACAGGAAGGAACAGAACCACUGUUACAAGAAGAAAAUCACAUCAAAGACGCUCUAUCGCGAGUUGUUGUGGAAAUGAUUAAGAGAGAGUGGCCCCAACAAUGGCCAACACUACUUGCAGAACUUAGCCAAGCAUGUACAAGAGGAGAAAGCCAAACAGAACUGGUUCUCUUAGUGUUUUUGAGAUUAGUGGAAGACGUUGCUGUGUUAGAGACACUGGAAUCAAAUCAAAGAAGAAAAGAUAUUUAUCAAGCUCUGACUACCAACAUGGCACAAAUCUUUGAGUUUUUUUUAAAACUGAUGGAGACACACUUUUCUGAGUUUCAGAAGCAAACUUCUCUUGGUAGAACUGCCGAAGCAGCAGCCCAUAGUAGAGUAGUACAAGUUGUUCUUUUGACAUUAUCUGGUUUUGUGGAAUGGGUUUCCAUAAGCCACAUUAUGGCAGACAAGGGACGAUUACUGCAAAUAUUUUGCGUACUCUUGGGCAAUCCAACAUUUCGGUGUCAAGCAGCAGAGUGUUUAAAUCAAGUCGUGAAUCGAAAAGGAAAGGUCGAGGAUAGAAAACAAUUAAUGAUUCUCUUCACAGAGGAAGCAUUAAGGUGUAUAUAUGCCGCAGCAAUAGCAAGCCCUCCUUCUGGGUCAAGUGACUUGCUAGAAAAUCAUUAUUUGUUUUUAAAGAAGUUGGUUCAAGUUUUGAACGGCAUGGCAAUCCAGCUAUGUUCCUUGUGGGUUAAAGACGAUGUCAACGGUGUUCGUCCAGCUCAUUUUGGUCUUUAUCUUGACACUGUGCUUAAUUUCUCGGGGCAUCCCAGUCUCACCCUUAUGCAAAUGUCCAACACAAUUUGGAUAAUGUUAUUCAAACACGAACAUGUUAAAACCGAUUCGCUUCUCGUGUCCUACAUCCCAAAGUUUGUAGAAAAUGCCGCACCCAAAGUGGUUAAACACGCCUAUCCAAAAAAACAGUACAUGAAUGGUUUAAGCUCGUAUUUUGUAGAUUAUGACACUGAGAAAGAAUACAAUACGUUGUCGCAUCGGCUGCGCAUGGAUUUACUUGAGGGUUUGCGUGCCGCGACACUAGUUGCACCUCUGGUCACUUUCGCUUACGUUCAGCAAUGGCUGACUGUCAAAAUUCGCAAGGGCUUGGAGAACCCCGCUUACAAAAGUGAUCCCCUCGAUCCGGAAUAUCUUGAGUGGGAGGCUCUUUCCAAUGCCCUUGACGCGGUCGUCUCACGUAUAUUGCUCGUAAGCGAGCGUCCUAGCGUUCAAACGGGCUUGCAACUGAUAGAGCUCUGCUUGAGCUAUUCGCCACAGGACGCCUGGAUACAAUCAUCUUUGCUGUCCUGCAUCAGCGCGCUGUUUGUCUUUCUAUCGAUGUCAACGGGCUCGAUGGCAAUACCCGGUGUCGCUUUACUUCCCCGCGUACUCGAGAAAAUAUUUGCCUCACUGGUGUACCUCGGACCCGGAGAGACACUGGAGAACAUGUCAAAGGCGACGAAAAACGUGAGGAGGCAUGCUGAUAAUUUGAUGGUCAAAAUUGGUUUGAAGUUUCCUCUGCUUCUGCUACCGAUUUUCGAUCAGAUCCAUACAACUAUCAGGGGACUUGUUAGACAAUUGACCCGCAUUGAGACUUUAGCUCUGUACGAAGCCCUUUUGCUCAUAACGAAUCACUUCUGUGACUACGAGAGACAAUCGCGAUUCAUCACAGAGAUCAUAGGAGAAUCCUCUUCACAGUUCAUCAAUGUAGGAGUUGAAGUAUUCAAAGGCCCGAUUGAGUUAAUGCGCUUUAUCGGCUUAGAUCGACCAGCAAUCGACGCUGGACCUAAUGAUCCGUUAGUCCAGAACCGAUCAAAUCUAACGUUCUACGUGAACACGGUGAUGUGCAUUGUGAAACGAUGCUCAAUACCUGACGAUCCAGAUCGCGCUGCUCGUGGUGGUUUCGUCGCUGCUGUCAGCGAAAGUGGCAAUCCUGUAUACAGAAAUCCUGCGACUCCGCACAUUCUGCCGGUUAUACCACCUUUAUUCGCACUUCUACGAGCAAUGAAUGCAUUAUUCACUCCAGCCGCUCUCAGUGUGCUUUCCGAUGGAUACAAAAAUGCCCACAAUAUCUUGGAAUCGGAAAAAAUGUUUUUGAUAGGCUUGACCUCGAACAACUGCGACAGCUUAGCAGAAACGGAAAGCAAUCCAUUGACGAGAAUGCAGACUUUCCUUUCCACCACUCACGAUAGCUGUUAUCAUUUACUCAGUAGUGCCUGUCAUACGAUAGGUCGAGAACUUUAUCAGGUCAACGGUCUGACGAAUGCACUUUUGGACUCUGUUUUUUCAAAUCUUGAGUCCAUUCCAGACCACAGAUUACGUCCUAUUAUUCGCGUGUUUAUGAAAUCUUUUGUACACUGGUGUCCACCUGCGUAUUACGAAACGGUCCUUGUUCCUGUUCUGGCGCAUGUAUCUACUCACAUGUACCAGAGAUUGAGUACCAAGUGGCAGUACAUAACUCGUUUGUACGAAUCCGGUACUUUUGAUGACGAGAAUACUGACACCCAAGAGGUGAUCGAUGACAUGCUUAAUCGCAACUUGUCGCGCGAGUUUGUUGAUGUAUUGAAAGUAGCCCUGGUAGGUGGUACGGCAAUCGAUGCCUCACCUCCUGAUUCAAUGGAACUGGACGGUGGUGGAAUGGUUGUUGACCAACCGUCCCCACCCCUACGAAGCAAUAAUAGUUUCGUUGUUGAGAUAGUAAGUGAACUGGGAGCAUUUAUUUUACGACAUCCAUCGACCAGUAACAGCGUUGUUUUGUGCAUUCUGGGAGCCCUAUCAUGGAACGAUUCAACGUCUAGCUUCAAGGCAACGAUGCUAACGGGGCCGGUGGUACGAGCCCUUGUAGCGGACGGCAGUUUAACACCAACUAUGGCCGCGCAUGUGAUGAUAGCGGUACUUCGGGGUCUACAGUUGCAUGGACAGCAUGACUCAAACCAAGGCUUACUAAUAACUUUAGGCGCUCAACUGUACGAACUUCUCAGACCCAAGUUUCCGAACAUCAUUGAGGUGAUGCAGCAAAUCCCAGGCGUUAAUCCAACCGACCUGCAGCGCUUUGAUGAGAAAAUGUCUGUUGUCAGUGGCAAAGGCAAUAAAGUUGAAAAGGGUAAAAAAGAUCUAUUCAAAAAAAUCACAAACCAGUUGAUCGGAAGAAACAUUAGUCAACUCUUCCGCAAAGAAGUCAAAAUAGACAAUCUACCGCGAAUCGAGGUCGCUCCCAAACAAAUUAUUCGAGAAGACGUUAUUUCUAAUAAAUCCAAGGAAUCAGGUUUAACUGCACUGUUUGCCGAACCCACGUAGCGAACGAUUGUCAGUCAUAUCGUACAAAUUUGGUAUAUCUCAAUAAAUAGUUAUAAAUUUCUCUAACAUUAUUCAGAAAAAAAAUUUCAAAGAAUGAAGAAAGUUGCUCGUUGAGUAAUUUUUAAUGAAAGUAUGUCUGGAUUAUUGUAGAGUGAUAUGUUGCUUGUUUUUU